AUGGCUGCUGCACCUUUUCAUCCCCAGAGCCCACUCCCAGUUGUCCUGGUCUAUGUAAAAGCAGACAUCUAUGAGGAUGAACAUCAUCGACUGUGGAGAGUUGCAAACGUGGAAAUUUCUUCACAUUGUGACAGCAGUGGAUCAUGUAUAACUGUCCACUUGUGGCAGCCAUCCCCCCAUCAGCGUAUUCCCUACAAUCCCAUGAAUGAGGACUCUCUACCCACGGUGUGGAUAUUAGAGGCCAGGAACACAUACAGGGGAACAGAUUCCUUGCAGUGGAGAUUACUGAAUCAUUCUCAGGUUGAUGACUCAGUGCAACUGACCCUGAUGCUGGUGUAA